CCUAAGAAGAGGGUGGGUCACAUGAUCCAAGCGUCCGCAGACCCGCCCUCACACAGCGCCAUAAGUUAAUUUGCAUAUGUGCGAACUUUUUUUCCCCUUCCUUUUCUAACACCAUCGCCCAACGCCCAAUCUCCGAGUCGACAACACGAUCACGGCCCCCUGCCAACUCGACAACAAUGGCUGCCUCUACUACCGUCCCUACCCAGGACCAAGUCCUGGUCCCUGAGACUCUCCUCAAAAAGCGCAAGAGCCAAGAGAAGGCCCGCGCUGAGAGAACUGCCGAGCUUGACCAGAAGAAGAAGGCCAACAAGGAAAAGCGUGGUGUCAUCUUCAAGCGUGCUGAGAAGUACGUAACCGAGUACCGUGAUGCCGAGCGUGAGAAGGUUCGCCUCAACCGCAUCGCUAAGCAGGAGGGCAACUUCCACGUCCCUGCUGAGGAGAAGUUGAUCUUCGUCAUCCGCAUCAAGGGUAUCAACAAGAUUGCCCCCAAGCCCCGCAAGAUUCUCCAGCUCCUCCGUCUCCUCCAGAUCAACAAUGGUGUCUUCGUCCGUGUCACCAAGGCUACCGCUGAGAUGAUCAAGAUCGUUGAGCCCUGGGUUGCUUAUGGUUACCCCAACCUCAAGAGCGUCAAGGAGCUUAUCUACAAGCGCGGUUACGGCAAGGUCAACAAGCAGCGCAUUCCCCUCACCGACAAUGCCAUCAUCGAGGAGAGCCUUGGCAAGUACGGUAUCAUCUGCAUGGAGGAUCUCGUUCACGAGAUCAUCACCGUCGGCCCCAACUUCAAGCAGGCCUCCAACUUCCUAUGGCCCUUUAAGCUCAGCAACCCCAACGGUGGUUUCCGCCCCAGGAAAUUCAAGCACUUCAUCGAGGGUGGUGACCUUGGUAACCGUGAGGACAAGAUCAACGCUCUGAUCCGACAAAUGAACUAAGAGGUUUGACUUUUCUCGUGGGUUAUUGGGCUUGGUAUUGGCGUGUUGUUUCUGCAUGGUCGGCCGGCGUUAUAAAAAGGCUUCGGAAGCUAUCAAUGAAUUGAGAUUUGUGAUGAUUACGACUUCUCAGUCCCCGUCCAUGAUGAUGUUCGUGCUGCACUGAGAACGCGUAUGCCUAGCUGCAACAAUACCAUGAUCAUUACGCCACUUCUCUAUCCUUUGUUCUAAAGUAAUUCACUGUCUUAGUAUUUGAACUUAUGAUGAAGCCUAGUUUUGGUAAUUAUGUAGUUCCACGGGCGUAUUGGAGACGCUGUUACCUACUGAGUACUAUGUACUGGCUCUAUGUAACGGGGCCGAUUAGGUGUGGCCCCAUGACGAGGCCGACUGAUGAGCGAACCUGAACUUGAGCUGGUGUGAAGGGUAGUGAAUCGUAUCACUGAUUUACUAGUAUAGAUAUCAUGUCGGGCUCCGUUAUUUCAGACGCAAGGCGCGAAUUGCUGAGAAGCUUGGCGCAUCAGGCUAAUAUCUCCCAAACCAAGGUACUAAAAUAGUAAGACUGUU